UGUGACCCGGCCACCAAGGUACGUUGAAACAUGAUGGACAAGGAAUCAUGCAGAAUAGCCCGACGGUCUUCCAAACACGCCCGUCGCAAGAAAACAUCUUACGCACGCAGCUCUAAAGGAGAGAUGGUAUUAAAAUGCCUUCCUCUCGCGAAUAUGUAUCGCAAUCACAAACAUAUCUGCCCAUUGAUGACAAUAACCACACAAGCCUAGCUCCUUCGCUACAUUUAACUAUUGCACCACUAGUGAUCCGAGAUGCCCACAGAUAUCGAACACGUUUCCAUCACCACCUUUGGCGGUCCAGAGGUUGUCAAGGUCACGCACUCAUCCCUCCCCGACCCGCCGCUCAAACAUGUCCAGAUCAAGGUGCUAUACAGUGGAUUUGCUGGGUCGGACAUCAACAUGCGUAUGGGCACGUAUCCGAUGCAAAAGAAAGCGCCUCUCACUCCUGGAUACUGUUGUGUUGGCACCGUUCACGCCAACGGGCCCGGCGCCAACAAAUUCAAGGUCGGCGACCAGGUGGCUUGUCUGACCGUGUACGACUCUGAGGCAACAUACACCAACCAGCCUGAAAAGUACCUGGUUCCUGUACCUGCAGGCCUCGACCCGAAGUCCGCCACAGCCCUGGUGUUGGACUGGAACACCGCAUAUGGCAUGACCAAGGGCAAAUUGUCUGCCGGCGACAAGGUCUUCGUCCACGGCAUGAGCGGCGCCGUCGGAUAUGCACUCAUGUCGCUUGCCAAAGCCGCUGGCGCCGAGGUAUACGGGACAGCAUCAGCCAGAAACCAUCAGGCUAUCCGGGAUCUCGGCGCUACGCCAUUCGAGUACAGAAACAAGGACUGGAUCCAGGCAAUGAAAGACAUGGGCGGCGUGCAAGCAGUGUAUGAUCCGCUCGGAUUUGAGAGUUGGGAUGAAUCAUAUUCGAUAUUGAGCAUGAAAGGCGGCGUGUUGUACGGGUAUGGAGGGAACUUGGCGAGUCUGAACGGCACAGAGCAGAGGAGUACCGUGUGGCCGACGGUGAAGUUGCUGGCCAAGAAUCUGAAGCUGUGUGACAGGCGAACGGUGUUUCAUUAUAUCUCGCGAGAUCAGGGGUCGUUCGAGCCGAACCUGAAGGAGUUGUUUGGUAUGGCGCUGGAGGGAAAGAUCAAUGUGUCGAUCAAGCGAGUGUUGGCGCUGGAUGAUGUGCCGACGGCGCAUAAGGAGUGGACGAGCAUGACGGGGAUGGGGUCUGUGGUGGUGGAGAUUGCUUGAAGCUCAAAGGAGGAAUCCAUGGAGUGGACAGGCGAGUCGUGGCACGUCCUAUGUUCCCGGAAAGCUAUGGCAGACAUAUCUGAGAGGAUGUAAUGAUG